AUGGCAGAGAUUAAGAUCAAACUAAUAGGAAAGAGGAAUAAGGAUGCACAAACAUAUAAUUUACCGCAAUUUAGUGAAGUUGCGGCUUUGAUAGUGGGAGACUUAGAUCCAAAUAUGGGAGAACGUGAUAUCUUGGUGGAAUCAAGAUCUGGUAUUUUUAAAAGGAUUAGUGAAUUAAACCCAGCCUAUCUACCACUACAGUAUCCAUUGUUAUUUCCAUUUGGUGAAGACGGAUAUAGAGAGGACAUUAAAUUCUCAGGUGUUGAACAACAAAGCCGACCUGGUUGUAUUAGGAUUAGUCCUAGAAAAUACUUCUCAUAUUAUAUUCAAGAUAGGAAAAAUGAGAUGUCAACAUUGUUGUUCGCAAGAAGGUUGUUACAGCAAUUCCUGGUAGAUGCAUACACUAUGAUUGAAUCUGGACGUUUAGUAUAUGUUAGGACCCACCAAAGAUCAUUGAGAUGUGAGUCUUAUAAAUGCUUGACAGAUGCUCUGACCCGUGGUGAACUUGAUCCGUCUGCUCAAGGUCGUAGAAUUAUUUUGCCUUCAACUUUUACAGGUGGUGCAAGAUAUAUGGUGCAAAAUUACCAGGAUGCGAUGACAAUAUGCCGAUGGAUUGAAUAUCCAAAUCUGUUUAUUACAUUCACAUGUAACCCAAAAUGGCCUGAAAUUGUAAGGUUUUUAGAAGAAAGGAGAUUAAAGGCCGAAGAUCGGCCAGAUAUAAUAUGUCGUGUCUUUAACAUGAAGUUAAAUGCUCUAAUCAAGGAGAUUCGUAAAGCAAACAUCUUUGGUUCUAUUCUAGCAGUGAUUUAUACCAUUGAAUUUCAGAAAAGAGGUUUACCGCAUGCGCACAUAUUGCUGUUUCUAGCAAAUCAUCGUGGGUCUGUUGCUGCAACAGAUUUAGACAAAUUCAUUUCAGUAGAUAUUCCAAGUGAGUUGUGCGAUCCAGAGUAUCACAAAGCAGUAGAAGAAUUUAUGAUGCACGGACCGUGUGGUACGUGUAGGAAGAAUUCACCAUGCAUGGUUAAUGGUAGAUGCUCCAAAUACUAUCCAAAGAAAUUUGUGGAGAAAUCAACAAUGGAUGAAGAUGGUUAUCCUGUGUACCGUAGGAGUGACAACGGUAGGACCAUAAAGAAAAAUGGUAUUGAUCUAGAUAGCAGAUAUGUCGUUCCACACAAUAGACAUUUAUUGGUGAAGUAUAGGGCUCAUAUAAAUGUGGAGUGGUGCAAUCAAUCCAAAUCAAUUAAGUACUUAUUUAAGUAUGUGAACAAGGGGAAUGAUCGUGUUACUGCUGAAUUCUACAAUAGUGUUGCUGAUGAAGCUACUGGAAAGGUAAUCGAUGAGAUCAAAAUGUAUUAUGAUUGUAGGUAUAUUUCACAUUGUGAGGCAGCAUGGAGGAUGUUCGCCUUUGAUAUACAGAUGAGGGAUCCGUCGGUAGAGCGCUUAAGCUUUCAUCUACCAAAUGAGCAAUCAAUCAUAUUUAAUGAUGAUGAUGUUGUCAAUGACGUUGUUAACCGUUCAACUGUGAGACAAAGUAUGUUCACUGCAUGGUUUGAUGCUAACAGCAAAUACAACGAGGCAAGAAACUUGACUUACGCAGAAAUGCCAACAAAAUUUGUAUGGAAAAAAGAUAAGAGAGAGUGGCAUCCAAGGCAAAUGAAGUUUGCAAUUGGUCGUAUUUUUUAUGUUCCGCCAAAUAGCGGAGAAAUCUUCUAUCUUAGAUGUUUACUAAAUAUUGUGCGUGGACCAAGAUCCUUUGAUGAAAUUAAAUAUUUUGAGGGGGUGCAGUAUACUUCAUUUAGAGAUGCCUGUUAUGCACAUGGUUUAAUCGAGGAUGAUAAAGAGUAUGUUGACGCGAUCAGUGAAGCAGCGAUAUGGUCCUCAACACAUUCUUUACGUAAAUUGUUGGUCACUUUAUUGACAUCAAAUUCAAUGGCAAAUCCAGAAAAAGUGUGGGAUAUUGUUUGGCAAUACCUAGCUGAUGAUGUUGAGUUCAAUGCUAAAAGAAAUACAAGUAAUCCAGAUUUGAUGCUCAAUGACCAACAGAAGAAAAAUGGGGCACUCAUGGAAGUGGAGAAGUUGUUGAAUGCUUGGAACAAGUCUCUAAGUGAUUAUCCACCAAUGUCGAUGCCUGUGGAAAGUCAAGAAUACUAUUUCGGUAAUCGGUUAUUGUACGAAGAAUUGGCGUACGACAAAGAAGCUUUGAAGCUAAAACAUGAAUCACUGUUUUCUAAACUAACUGAUGAACAAUUACUCAUAUACAACAAAGUGAUGGUGGAUGUUGAAUCUAAUAAAGGUGGUUUGUUCUUUGUUUAUGGAUAUGGUGGAACCGGCAAGACAUUUUUAUGGAGGACAAUGUCGGCUGCUUUAAGGUCAAAGGGAGAAGUUGUUUUGAAUGUAGCAUCAAGCGGUAUAGCCUCACUACUUUUACCGGGUGGAAGGACUGCACACUCAAGGUUUUCUAUCCACAUUGCAGUGAAUGAAGACUCAACUUGCAACAUUAGCCAAGGUAGUCCACUUGCUGAAUUGAUUAUAAAAGCUAAGUUAAUCAUAUGGGAUGAAGCUCCGAUGAUGCACAAACAUUGUUUUGAAGCAUUAGAUCGGACAAUGAGAUACAUAUUGGGUUUCACCAAUCCAAAAAGCUUAGAAAUGUCUUUUGGUGAAAAAACAGUUGUACUUGGAGGUGAUUUUAGACAAAUACUACCAGUUAUACCAAAAGGCAGCAGACAAGAUAUAGUACAGGCAAGUAUAAACUCAUCAUACUUGUGGAGUAAUUGCGAAGUACUACGCUUAACAAAGAAUUUGCGGUUGCGUGGUAUUUCAAGUGCAAAAGAAGUUGAAAAGUUAAACAGUUUUGCAAAAUGGAUUGCUGAUCUAGGAGAUGGAAAUUUAGGAGAAGAGAAGAAUGAUAUCUUCAAUAUAAGGAUUCCCGAUAAUUUUGUUCUAAGAAAUGAAGUUGACCCCAUAGCAGAAAUUGUCCAAAGCACAUUUCCUUCGUACGAUCAGGGUCAACUAGAUCAUAAACAUUUGGAGUCUCGAGCUAUAUUAGCUCCAACAUUAGAUGUUGUGGACAAGGUGAAUGAAUACAUGAACAGCAUGAAUGAGGCAACUUCCAAGACAUAUUUGAGUUGUGAUUCGGUUUGCAAGUCAGAUACAAAUGCUGAUAUGUUAUCAGAGGUUCACACUACAGAGUUCCUUAACAGUUUGAGAUGCUCUGGUGUUCCAAACCAUUCUUUAACAUUAAAGGUUGGAUCGCUAAUUAUGCUGCUUAGAAAUAUAGAUCACUCCUUGGGAUUGUGCAAUGGUACAAGGUUGAUCAUUACACAAUUAGGAAACCAUGUGAUUGAAGCUCAAAUUCUGUGUGGAAACAAUGUAGGCACCAGGUUGUAUGUAGCAGCAUAUCGAGUUAGUAAUCCAAAUGGGCUAAAAAUCUUAAUAUGUGGAGACUCUGCUGUGGGUUUGAACACUACAGAAAAUGUAGUGUACAAAGAAAUUUUCAAUAAUUUGUAA